AGCUCUCAAAGCGCACCGCGAUCCGAUCACAACGAGUCGAGAGCUGUUCGCGAGUAGAACCCGCCGAUUGGUCCGCUACCACCUGAGCACACGCAGAUUUUCAUUGAACAAGUGCGAAGUUUUGAGGUUAUAUCCGUUUCAUUGUGCGUUUCGUGUUUGUUUUAAGAUAUAGGACAGUGUUAUUGGUUGGUUUGGUUUGUGGCUGCUUGAUUCUGCAUCGGUGUCAACGACGACUUCAAAAUUAAAGCUAUAAAGAGCAGGCCUAACGGCCCCAUGAUGACGAUGGACGUGUCGAAAACCGAGGUGUCCAAGCAGAGCACUGGCGGCGGACCUCAAGAGUGCGCAGGCUGCUGCAAACCCAUCACCGAACGGUACCUCCUCAAAGCUUUGGACCUCUUCUGGCACGAGGACUGCCUCAAGUGCGGCUGCUGCGACUGCCGGCUGGGUGAGGUGGGCUCCACUUUGUACACCAAAGCCAAUUUGAUACUCUGCAAGAGGGACUACCUGAGGUUGUUUGGCAACACCGGAUAUUGCGCCGCUUGCAGCAAGGUGAUACCAGCUUUUGAGAUGGUGAUGAGAGCCAGAAGUAACGUGUAUCAUUUGGAGUGUUUUGCCUGUCAGCAGUGUAAUCAUAGAUUCUGCGUGGGCGAUAGGUUUUAUUUGUGCGAAAAUAAAAUUCUAUGCGAGUACGACUACGAGGAAAGAUUAGUUUUUGCAAAUAUGGCUUACAACCCCCCUCCACUAUCACAUUUAAAAAGACAAACGUCCAUUCCACCGACGUCAAUGCCGAGUCAUCUGAUGAACGGGCAUCGGCCGCCAGGUCUGCCAACCAACGGCGACAUGAACAACAACAUGUCGGGAUCAGGACAACAACCGCCCAACUCCAUGGCGAGUCCUUCCUCCUUUCAGCCCUCGCACAUGAAAAAUAGCCCAAUGUCGUUGGGCGCGACCAGCUGAAAGCGAUUUUAAAACUGUGAUGGCUUGAAGACUUGAAUGUUUUAGAUUUUAACCUAUGCGGGUUUGUACAUAUAUAAGACGGUUUUUUAAAUGCUCAAAUUUAAGUGUAUACCAUGACUAAGGAGUUAGUGCAAUAUAUUUUGGUUUGUGACAAAAUU